AUGCGGGCGCCACUCUGCCUGUUGCUGCUCGUCGCCCACGCCGUGGACAUGCUCCCCCUGAACCGAAGGAAGAAGCAAGUGGGCACUGGUCUGGGGGGCAACUGCACAGGCUGUGUCAUCUGCUCAGAGGAGAAUGGCUGCUCCACCUGCCAGCAGAGGCUCUUCCUGUUCAUCCGCCGGGAAGGUAUCCGCCAGUACGGCAAGUGUGUGCAUGACUGUCCCCCCGGCUACUUCGGCGUCCGCGGCCAGGAGGUCAACAGGUGCAAAAAAUGUGGGGCCACAUGUGAGAGCUGCUUCAGCCAGGACUUCUGCAUCCAGUGCAAGAGGCGGUUUUACCUGUACAAAGGAAAGUGUCUGCCCACCUGCCCGCCGGGCACCGCGGCCCAGCAGAGCACACGGGAGUGCCAGGAGGAGUGUGAGCUGGGCCCCUGGGGCAGCUGGAGCCCCUGCACACACAACGGGAAGACCUGCGGCUCAGCCUGGGGCCUGGAGACCCGCGUGCGGGAGGCCAGCCGGGCCGGGCGGGAGGAGGCAGCCACCUGCCAGGUGCUGUCUGAGUCAAGGCAAUGUCCCAUUCGGAGGCCCUGCCCAGGAGAGAGUAACCCCAGCCAGAAGAAGAGCGGGAAAGAUCGGCGCCUGCGCAAGGACCGGAAGCUGGACGGCAGAGGGGAAGAGAGGCCCCGCCCAGCGCCCGCCUAG